GCGUUGUUUCCGGAAUUUCGGAGUAUCUCUUUAUUGUCGUUGUUGUGCGUGUUUUAGUUUGAGAAUGUGCUUUGUUGGAAACAAGAAGGGAAACCGAGCAUUGAAAGAAAUAGGAACCUUUAUGAUGACUACAUGUUUCAUUGCUAAUUACCAAUCCGUUCAAGUUUCUCAGGCAGAAUAUUUCAGACAGUUGCUUAAGCCUGUAACGUAGUCUGGUUUCUUCAGUUUCCGAAAAUUUGGGGGGUCUUUUGGGCGGCUGUCUACUUUUGGUUUCGAAAAAAGGUUUUGUGAGAUAUUAAGUGUUUGGAAAAUUCUGAAAGAGCUGUGUUGACAUCUGAAACUCCUUUGGGUGGAGAAAGCUUCUGGUUUGAGGGGGGGGGUAAGGGCUCGGUUGGAACAAAUCGUGAUAUCUCU